GAUGAAAAUGCCUCCAAGGUGACGUACGGCAGCUGUCGUCUGCAGUCUGCGGGUUGAUUGCGCUAGAGUAAAGUUUGAUUUGCCAAAAUAUUACAAGAAAAGCUAUGAGCAAUUUUAUUUUAACCUGCUUGCUCUUGCGUGUGUAUCAGCUUACAUGUUCCAUGUCACCAGUCAGAAUAUUCGGUUUGCAAGAAGCUCUCAGCCUGAUCAGAAAGUCAAUGGCUCAUCAGCAAACCAUUCAUCCAGUGGACCUCAAACUCAAAGUCCUGACAUCAAGAUGGAUGACCCAUCAGCCAGUUGUAAAGACAUCGCACAAAGGAUUCAGGCAAAUUCAACAUUCAACAUUCCUCUCUUUUGUUUUGGUGCAACUCAAAACUUCAGCCUCGAUGCAGCCAAUGCAGUCAAAUUAGUAGGCCAAUCACACAACCCCAGAGCUUUACAGUAUGUUGUGAGAGCUGUUUCCAAGGCCGGACGAAAUCAAACCUUGAAGAUGAUCAACAAACUAAAACAAAUGCCAUUGUCAGAUGUGCAACGAAUGGCCACUGCGGGUCCCAUAAUAGAAGCAUUAGGUGGUGGAAAGAAGCUGUCCCCUGAAGACAUCCAUGCUCUUGGCUCCAGUUUGUUACAAAGAAUACCAGGGAAAUUUAUAAGGGAACUACCAAGUGAAAGUUUCAGGGCCUUCCUUAAUGAAACCUUUCAAAAUGGCAAAGUUUCACCUGUGGACAUGCUGAUUACAACAGAGGGAAAUGCGGUGUGUCAAAAAGCUUUUCGCCUACAUCGUACCAUUGACACCAUGGAGCAGUUUGAUACACUACUGCCUAUGCUUCUAUGUGCACCAGUUUCAGUCUGCAACAGUAUUCCUGCGGACAUCGUGAAGAACAGGUUAUCCAGCAUCAAAACUUUACCUUGGAAUUGUUACUCAAACACUGCAACCCACAGAAAGGAUGAUGCGGCAGAAUUACUGAGAUACAAGUUUCCACAGAUGAAAGGCUGUGCCAAGGCCCUUGUCGGAAAACUGAUUAACGGAACCUUAACAGCAGAUGCAUUUAAUAGGAUGGGAACAUUGCAAAGUUGUUUACGAAGAAACCAUUUGGAAGAUCUAGCCACCACAGCAAAUUGUUCUGAGCUCCAAUCAAUAGCAGAAACUGUUGAUCUUUUCCAGUUCUCCAGUGUGAAAAAAACAAUGAAGACAAAGUGUGUGCCUGCAGCACUCAGCAAUCCUCAGAACAUGUCAGCUGCAGAUUUAGUGCAAAUGGGAUCAUUAGCAUUGGACCUGGACAGAAAUGUGUUACAAAAAAUGGAUUCUCAAGCAUUGUGUGACUCGAGUUUUAUUUCCAUGAUAAAAGGAAAUCGCAAUGCAAAAGCCAGAGUCAGAAAAGCUAUAGCUCAGCGCUGUUACACAACGAAUUUGAGUGCAGGAGAUAUUGCAGCCAUGGGAGGUGAAAUCUUGUUGAAACUAGACAUAUCCAAAUUGAGGCAGUCUGUUGGCAAUCUUCAGUUGGAUUCAAACACUCAGAAGGAUUUGAAGCAAGCGUUGAAGAAUGAUAAAUCAAACAGAAGAAUCAAGGCUCUGAGACGAGAACUUCAGCAAAAAUUUCCAGUGAAGGCCCUUGUGGACAGUCCAGAAAUAAUGAAAGAGAUGCCUCUCAGCAGACUGAAGGCUGAGGUUGUGGACAUCAAACAAGAUUUAGGACUUGAUGAUAACUCCACAGAAGUUGACCUCCCUGAUGCUGUGAAUAAGUGGGGAGUGGCCAGAUGGAUAGAAAAUAAUCCACCAGAAAAUAUUACAGCUGAAGUAUUACGAGAAAUGAAAACUUUGGUGAGAGGAUUUUUGUCCAGUCAUAUCAAAGGCCUGAACAGAAAUGACCUGUUGUACAGUGCAUCUGUAAUGUGUGAUAUACCCAACUGGCCAAGCAAAACUGUCAAGACAAUAACAGAGUAUGUGAUUAAGGCCUUUUUGAAGGAGGUGAAUGCUACCAACUACAUGUCUGCUCUAACUGUCACAGAUGUCGCCGUACUCGGGCCAGAAUGUCUGAUGCAUUUGAGGCCACAGGAGCUUGUGGAGGCAAGCAGUGAUGUGUGUGUUUCUGUGUGUCAAAAAAUUGGAGCAUCUGAGAGAACUUUGUGUCUACCUCAUGAUUAUCGUAAACAACUCAAAGAUUCUUGUCUGAAAUGUUUAGGCAAACAUGACAGUUCAACCAGUAUUACAGAAGAUGAUUUGGAUACACUUGGAUUUACUCUAGCAUCAGAACUGAGAGAUGAAUUUUCACGGACAGAGGUUGGAGCCAUCAGAAAUCGAAUCUCACUUUUCCGACAUGGAUGUUUAUCUUAUCAUCUAUUAAAAGGGAUCAGUUCUAAAUUAAAAGCUGAAUAUGGACCAGCCAAAGAUUUGGAUGCUCUCAAGAUGCAGGAGCUAGGAGGCUUGGUUGGAGUUUAUGCAGAGGAUAACUCCCUUGUCAGUGCUGAUAAGACUGUGCUGGCAGGUGUGUCGGGUGAGAUUCUUGAAGAUAUUACACCACAAGAUGAGAAGGUGUUUCAAAAUCACCAGUGUUGCUUAAGUGGACUGUCAAAGUCUGAGACAGAUAUGCUUCAAAUUAUCAGAAAGAGGGUUUUUAGUGCCAUAGCUUCUGCCAUGGAUCCCAGCUUGAAUACUAAUGCAAGAAGAAGAAAGAGACAAGGUAGUGCAUGGACAUGUGAUGACAUAACCAGCCUGGGACCUAGUGUUACUUCACUGUCAGUCUCAGACCUCCAGGCUAUAGACGCAACAGAAUUCUACAACUGUGUUGGGGUAAUGUCACAGUACUCAGAUUGGGAAGAUAGUAAAACACUAGCAUUAUUCCAGAAAGUUACAAAUGAUAUUGGGCACGUGUGUAACCUGACAACACCUGAUUUGGUGAAUGUUGGUUAUUUUUUGCUGUCUCUGACUGAGGCAGAAAUUAACUGUUUACCACUGGCUGAGGAUGACCUGGUAGCAACUCUGGGAUCCAUGAGUGGGUGGUCCACUGCAAAGCUUGGGAAUCUUGCUUCUAACUACUUGAGCAAGCGUUCAGUCACUGUGAGCAACCUUACAUCAUCUGAUGUGGCAGCACUGGGACAUAUCUUGUGUGGUUUUGACUCUGCAGAUCUGGCCCAGUUGACAUCUGCUGCUUUUGUAGGGGCUAGUGCACAACUAGGAAGGCUCACCAGCUGUAAUACAGCUAAUCUUCAAGUUCUAAAAGAGACGGCAGUAAGAGCUGAUGCCCUGGGUGCUAUAAACACUUGGGGUGCUGAAAUAUUCAGUGAAAUUGGUGUGAUCAUUGGUGGGUUUACUGCACAGGAGCUGCAAACUUUAGGUAUAGACGUCAUGGAAGGAAUACCGGAGUAUGCAAUACCCCUCAUUCCUGGCACUGCCUUACAGGCCAUGUCAGUGGAGCAGUUAGGCAACUUGACCUUUGAGCAAGCCAGUGCUGUAAGCUCUACACAGAGGCAGCUGUUGUCCAGUGGCCAGAUGGAUGCCCUGCAGAAAGCUUUGUCAUUAGGGGUCACAGUGGAAACAUUUUCAGAGAGUGGAAGCCCUCUUGGUGCUGCUGUUAAUCUCAGCACCUUUUCCAGUGUGGCAGCCAUGGUUGGCACAAUAUAUCUCUUUUGGGUAUGACAGACAAAAAUCUGGUGCUACACAGAAAACUCUUUAUCUUUAGUAACAAUGUAUGAGUUUAUCACAAACAUUCAUAUUUCAAAGUUAUUUUGCAAAAUUGUUUGAACUGGACAUGAGGGUGUAUAAUUGCCUUUGACCUAUUAAAAGAUGUUGAACAAUGUA